AAACACAAGGCAGCGUGAAACCUUUUAUUAUUUUACGCAAAGUACCCCCAAAAGUCGAUUUACGAGUUGUUGGUAUAGGCCUUCGUACCUACGAGCGGUGCCGGCAGAUCAUAUUUCCGGCUAGCCGAGAAUCCCGGGGACUCCCCGCCGCGGCCAUUUUGCCUACAUCCGGGUACUUCAUGACGUCAGUGGGAGCAGAUUCGUGCGUCGUCUGCUGUUCCACUCGCCAUUUUGAAGGAUCGCGUUUCACAACAAACCGGCCGGCGUUUCACAACAAACCGGCCGGCGCGCAGCGAAGCUGUGGCGAUUCCGUAGGCACGUCAGUUUAUUCCAGCGUCCGCUCACGUCCUGCCGAAACGCGGAGGGAGGGAAACCAUGCCGGUCUGCGUGGUGUGUAGGAACACCAACAAAAACACGAAGGGGAUAAGCUUCCAUCGCUUUCCCCGCUGGGAAGAAGACAGGCUACAGAAAUGGUUGGUCGCGGUUAGAUCAAAGUUGCGACUGCCAUGGACUCUCGAAAAGAUCAAAGAUAGUAUCGCUACAAAUAACAACGCCCGCGUCUGCUCGGAUCAUUUCUCGCCCAGCUGUUGCACCGACAACCAGAAGGCCAAAUAUGUGCCUUACAAAGUGCCAGCCAAAGUGAUAUCCAACGAUGCAGUACCCACACAGUUUGGCCUGAAAUCAUCGCGCUCCUCAUCCGAGUGUCAACGUGAAAAGAGAACGCGAAUACAGCUCCUGGAAGAUUUGCUUCAGCCAAAUUCUGAACAGCUCAAAAUACCAGCACUUCCCACAAGUCCAAAACAAAGUACAUUUCAUUGUGAGAGCCAGGAACCAAUGAAUGAGGCAGCUGUUGAAGCAGGGCAUUGUGGCAGUACUAGUGGUACAAACCUCAGUGGGGAAGAUCCUUCCAGCAGACUCACCAGUAUGUUUCAUACAUACAGCAAGCCUCCAUGUGACCAGCCUCCCAGGUUUGUAAAUGCAAGUACCCAAACAGACCUCGAUGGUGACACUAUUGCAUCACUACUUUCCACUUCACGCCCCAAAACAUGUGACACUGUGACAUGUACAUCACAUCUUCCUUCCACACCCAAGGUGAUACCUAGAGGCUCUGUUUCAUCACUGCCUUCCUCAACCCCCAUUCUGAAACAUAGUGAUCUGGACCAAUCAUUCCUAUCAUCUCCAAGUGUAGUAGACAUGAAAGACACUUCCUUCCAUCCGUCAGAUUUUACAUCUGAUUCAGAAAAUGAAGAAGAGAUUGACUGUGGUGAAGAUGAGGGUGGGGAUGAUGGAGAGGAUGACUUCAUUUCUGGAGAUGAUGACUCGCAGUACUAUGUCGUGCACAAAGACAAGAUUCGUGAAAGGUUUAAGACAUGCCACUGUGGGGAACCCUUAUUGAUCACAGAACAGUUCACAACUGGCUCCAUGCUGACUGUCAAGUACGAGUGUACCAGUUUUCACAGAGGGACCUGGGAAUCCCAGCCGAAGGUUGGACGUAUGGCAGAGGGCAACCUCUUGACAUCUGCAGCUAUACUUUUUGCUGGGGGAAGUUAUCAGAAAUUCAGUGACAUCUGUAAUACUCUAAAACUGAAACUGUUUUCCGAGACGUACUUCAUGAAUGUCCAAAGGACAUUCCUCCUACCUGCCAUCAAUGAUUUCUACAUAUCACAACAGGAAUUCACCCUUGAUGCAUUCCGUAAUGCAGGCACAGAAAGUCCUGAAGAUCAAAUCCAGGUCACUCUCCUAGGUGAUGGGAGAUGCGACACUCCUGGGCACAACGCAAAAUACUGUUCUUACAGUCUAAUGGAGGAAACGUCACAACUCAUCCUCGACUUCCAACUAGUACAGGUUAGCGAGACAACAAGCUCUAAUGCUAUGGAAAGGUUGGGUUUUGAAAGGUCGCUGGACUUCCUGGAAGAGGAGGGAAUCAAGAUAGACUGCAUUGUAACGGACCGGCACCGGGGAGUGGGGGCUGUCCUGAAGAAGAGACGUGACAUCAACCACCAAUUUGAUCUCUUCCACUUUGCAAAAUCCAUUACGAAGAAGCUAACGCAAGAGGCCAGCCGAAGAGCAAAGAAAGACCUUGGCCCGUGGAUAAAAUUCAUUGUGAAUCAUCUGUGGCAUAUCUCAGAUACCUGCCAAGGAGAUGAUGUGGUAAGAAGAAAAUUACAAUUGAAAAAAUAUAUACAAUAAAAUUGAAGUUGAUAUUGUAUUGCCUUAGACUUAGUGUACCUAUCAACAUGGAAGUCAAUAUUUCUCUAUUAUAUCAUUGCUUGUAUGCAUGGUUUAAUGUGACAGAAGCAUUCCUUUGAAUUAACAGUUCUUUAUUCAUUGCAGCUCCUCCAAGAGAAAUGGCUGUCCAUGUUGAAACACAUUGGCAACAUCCAUGUGUUUCCUGAAAACA